ACUGGAAAAAAAAGGUCAAUGGGGACUGGCACCGCCGCGUGUUUACGCAGGUGAAAGGUGGAGCCGCGUAAAGCAGCCGUGAUGGGCGCUGGAUGCUUUCCCAACGCAUGAAUGUAAAACCGCUCGAGCCCGAGAAUCCCUGAAUAGUCCAGCAGCCAGAAGCAGUGAGAUUGGACAGGAAGCUGGCUAAGUAAUUGCCUGUUAUUAUUUUUCUAAAUUUAUUUUAUUUUAUUUGGUAACAUGGCUGCAAAAACGCUGCUGCUUUUCGUGGCUAUCUUCUUCACUACAGACGCAAGGGCCAAAUCUGGGCAAUAUAGAAGGCCAUCGUGUGGAGGCAUGAGCGAGACUCAGGCUUGUCCCCUAAACUACUCUCCUGUGUGUGGCACUGAUGGGAUCACCUACCCCAACGAGUGUGCGCUGUGUGUCCAGAGAUUGGAAACCAAAGCAGACAUCUUGAUCGUGAAGGAGGGAACAUGCUAAAGAGGCAAGAUGGCUCGUAACUCUGGAAAUGAUGAUGUCAUCUAAUGAAUCAGUCUCACCUCGGACCUCUAAUUAAGCAGCGAAUCAUCCUUUGGUUAUUGGUACAAUGUUGACUCAUAGAUAACCCGUAGAAUCGAUCCACCCGAUUGAACAAAUUCUCAGGCCCGAUCGGAUUGCUGUGAUGGAAUUACUUAAUGUGCCACAGGUUAGACAUAUUUUGAUGCAGAAUAAUUUGUUUGUAAUAUUUUUAUGUGUAAUAUUUAUGUCAAAAUCCAUAUAGAUUUAAGUAAAACUGAGUAGUGUGGUAAAAGGUUGUUUUUUUUUUAACUUUAUAAGUUUACUGCCUCACAAGAAAUCAGUAUCCACUAAAUUUCAAAUGCUGAAGGUUGUAGCCAGUUGUGCAAAGCAUGUACGGCCACUGUUUACAUCAAAGAAUAAAAUCUAGAACAACUACCCAUUUACAAACAAUGUGGCAUUUCCACUGUAACAGUCUGAGGCCCUGAGAUCUAUUCUUUGUGGAAGUGUCAUAACUGAGUUUCAUUCCUUCUGUCUGCACUGUGAUCCCAUCUCUAUUUGUACCCCUCUCUGAUUUCCCCCGUCUAAAUAAAGUGGAAAAAAAUACUCAAGGAA